AUGAUAGACACUCAAACUAUUCCUUUGAAGGACCAAGGCAUUGCAAUCGUCGGUAUCGGUUGCAGACUACCAGGUGGAUCGAGAACACCACAACAAUUCUAUGAGCAGUUACUCGGUGGUUUGGAUGGUAUCUCAAAGAUGACUGAUGAUAGGUGGUCAAGAUCAUAUGUCGAUCAAGGUUACAUUGCUACUGAUCGUGCUGGCUUCUUGGACAUGAAAGAGUGGACUCACUUUGACAACCAUUUCUUUGGUAUGCUUGGUAAAGAAGCCGCUUCAAUCGAUCCUCAAGUACGUCUCUAUCUCUCGGUACUUUGGGAAGCUUUAGAAGAUUCACAUAUCGAUCCUGCAUCGAUAAGAGGUUCAAAUACAUCAGUAUUUCUCGGUCAAAUGUUUGAUGCCAAUCACCACAUGCUGGCUCAAGAUCUCGCUACAAUGAUUCCUCAAGUCAAGUCAAUGAGAUCAGACUCAUCAAUCAAAGCAUCGUAUUGUUAUGACUUCCGUGGUCAAUCACUUUCAAUUGACACUGCAUGUUCAUCGUCACUCAUUGCAGUACUACAAGGUAUUGAUACCAUCCUUAAAGGUGAAAGUGAUUUAUCAAUAUGUGGUGGAGUCAAUGCUUUCAUUGAACCAAAGUCAUCCAUUCAAUUCACUGGAAUGAAUAUGAUUGGAAAGGCAGGAAAGUGUGCAACAUUUGAUGAAUCAGCCGACGGCUAUGUUCGUGGUGAAGGUGUUGGUGUCGUUGUUCUCAAGAGACUGUCAAAAGCAAUCGAGGACAAUGAUAAUAUUUAUUGUGUCAUCAAAGGUGGAAGUAGCAACGUAGAUGGUAACUGGGAAAAGAAUUCACCAACUGCUCCCUCCUCGGCAGCUCAACAUGCAAACACACUCAAUGCACUCAACAAAACCGGACUAUCACCAUCAGAUAUCUAUUACGUUGAAUGUCAUGGUACUGGGACACCGACAGGAGACCCACUGGAAAUUGAAUCAAUAUCUCGAGUAUUUGCAGGAUCACACAGCCAAUGCAACCCGCUUCGAAUUGGAUCAGUCAAAAGUAAUAUUGGACACAUUGAAAGUACAGCAGGUGUUGCAUCACUCAUCAAAUGUGCAAUGAUGCUCAAGAAUAGAAUGUUGAUCAAGAAUAUCAAUUUCAACAAACUCAACCCAAAGAUCAACCUAUUAAACGGAGAGAUCAAGAUUGUAUUGGAGAAUGAAGCAUUCCCAGAUGAUGGAAGAAUCAUUCGAAUGGGUAUUAACUCGUUUGGACUGACUGGUUCAAAUGCUCAUAUCAUACUUCAAGAAUAUAUAGCUCCAGAUAAUAAUAUUGUCGAUAUGGAUACCAAACAAAGUCAUCAAACACCACCAGUCCCAGGCUAUUUAAUUCCAUUCUCAUCAAACAGUCAAAAAUCAAUUGAUUCAUAUAUCAAUAUGAUCAAGAGUAAUGUUGAAUCGUAUCGCAACAAGAUGACAUUUGAAGAUUUUGUUAGAUAUCAAUCACAAUCCAAAACCAACCAUCCAACUUGUAAAAAGGUUAUCAUUGCCAAAGAUUGGGAAUCAUUCUCAUCAGAAUCAACGUUGACCUUUGAUAAACAACAAAGUUAUGUUUCAAGUAUGGCACAAUUGAACAGCACACCAAAGACAUCGAUAGUGAUGGUAUUUUGUGGACAAGGAGCACAAUGGAGUGGAAUGGGUGAUAGAUUGUAUCAACAAUGUCCAAUAUUCCGUAAAUCAGUUGACACUGUCGAUAGAUUACUAUCUCAUCACUAUCAAUAUUCAAUCAUUGAUCGAUUAAGAAAGAGUAAUGAUAAAGAGAUACACCACCCAAUACUUGCACAACCAGCAACAUUUAUCAUUCAAGUUGCAUUGGUUCAAUUAUAUCAUCAUUUUGGAAUCACUCCAUCAAUCGUUGUUGGUCAUAGUUUUGGAGAUAUAACAGCAGCAUGGUGUUCAGGAAUAUUAUCAUUGGAAGAAGCUGUUAGAAUUGUAUAUUUGAGAAGUGUUGCUCAAAAUGAAACUAUUGGAAGUGGAAGAAUGUUGGCUGUAUCCCUGUCUUAUGAUAAAUUCAAAGAGAGAUUCCAACAAUCAUCAUCACAAUAUGAUUCAAUCGAGUUGGCAUGUUACAACUCAGCUGAAUCAAUUGUAUUGGCUGGAAAUGAAGAUCAACUCAAAUUAAUCGACCAACAACUCAAGAAUGAUAAUAUAUUCAGUGCAUUCCUUGGUACACCAUGUGCAUUCCAUUCAUCAUCACAAAUUGAAACAAAGGAAUUCAUAUUCAAAACCCUUAACAACAUUGAAUACCAAUCAUACAAACCAACGAUGCCAUACUUUUCAACAACAACCUCACAACGAAUCAUUAUAUCAUCACAGUUGGAUGCUCAAUACAUUUAUGAUAAUCUCAGACAACCAGUAUUAUUCCAACAAACAAUCAAUAAUAUAGUUGAUUUCACAAAGAAUGAUGGCAAUCAAUAUAUUUAUUUAGAGAUUGCACCACAUUCAACACUAUCAUUCUAUUUGAAAUCAUUACUGCCACAAGGAAGCAAUAUUCAAUCACCACUCAACAAAAAGAAAGAUGAAAUUGAAUCAAUUCAAUCAUGUCUCUCUCAACUCUACUUUGGUGGUGUUGGUGUUGAUUUUUCAAAUCAACUCCCAUUGGAAAACAACAGUGAAUGGAAGAAUAGAACAAGAUAUCUUCCAAGAUAUCAAUGGGAUACUGAAUAUUUGUUGGAAGAGCAGGAAGCAUACAGAAAGAUUAGACUUGGAGGACUGUCAACGACUCUACUUGGUCAUUGUGACAGUGAAUCACUCAAUAGCUAUCAAACAUCGACCCCUCAUACCUCGCAGAUUUUGAGUCACAAAGUAAAAGGGAAAUAUUUAUUCCCAGGAGCUGGAUACAUUGAAAACAUAAUCAAUGCAUUCCCAAACAAAGACAUACACAUCCACCACCUCCAAUUUAUUGCACCAUUCUUCCUCAAAGAAGGAGCUCCAUGUCAACUCAAAUCAACAUUUUCACAAUCAUCAUCGAUUGAAUACCAAGCAACAUUCCAAUACUAUGAUGAUAAACUUGGAAAGUGGAUUAAAUCUGCUGUUGGUCGUCUAUCAAUCAACAAUCCAAUUAAUCCAACCAACGACUAUUCAAGUGUUGAUAAAUUAAGACAACAAACAUUCAAUAUUGCAACGAUGAAUACAACUGAAGUUUAUCAAAAAUUGACCAAAUUGGGAUUAAUGUAUGGAGAAACAUUCAGAAGAACCAAACAAAUAUCAUUUAGCGAAGAUGGUAAAAUCUUGUCAGAGAUUGAAUGCAAACCAAGAAACCAUUUUGAAGAAUCAAAUACAGUUUUAAAUGCAUCAGUUUUGGAUUGUCUUGUUCACUCCUCCAUUGUAACAUUUAGAGGUGAACAUCAAAAAUGUGAAGUUGUAUUUGACAGAGUUAAAGAUUUCCAUAUCUACUCUAAUAACAUUCCAAAACAUCCAUGUCACUCAUUGUUUAUGGCGACCAAACACAAACUUGCCAAUCCACAGAGAGGAAAUGAAUUUAAUCAAUCAAUGGAUAUUAUUGAUCGAGAUGGAAAUACUGUGAUCAAAUGUGGAGAAAUGGUAUGCACAUCUUUGACUAAAGUAUUAAAAGACCACCAUGCCAAGGAUCCAGCCAAACAUAUCAAACAAGCUAUUUGGCAACCCAAAAAUGCACCAUCAACAACAAUUGCUUCACCCCUGGCAGAAAUAAUUGGAUAUUUCGAAGCAUUCUUGAAGUCAGGAUCGGCAUCUCACAGAAUAAUUAGAAUAAUCGAUUUUGGAUUCAAUUAUCGUCUUACCAUUGACCUUGUCGAUAAGAUGUAUUCACUUUUGGAUUCAAAUCCCAACACGAUCAUUGAUUUUAUCACACAUGACGAUACUCUAUCGAUUUAUCUUCAAAAAGAUAAUCUGUUGAUUAAAUCGUAUCCAGAAAUCAACAAAUCUCGAUCAUUAACGGAUCAAGGAUUCCUUUCGACCAGUUUUGAUUUAAUUCUAUCAACUUUGGAAUACAUCACUGAAAACAAUCAAAUGUUUGAUAAUUUAUUAUUUAUCACUCCAUCCCCUUCCCUUUCCUCUUCAUCAAUAGCAACAAGAUUAAUCCAACAAUCAUCAAUGGGCUCAGUUGCCAAGAAAAUCAGUUUCUUUUCAAAUGAUGAUAUAAUGGAUGAAUGUAAAUAUCAAUCAUUAAUAGAAUCUAUAUCAUAUGAUAGUAUAGAUGGUUGUAACAAAGUUGGAAUAAUCUAUUUGGAAUCAUUGGAAGAAAUGAAUUCAUCGAAUCUCGAGCUUAAAUCGAUGCAACUGAUCAGAUUACAUCAAAUCAUCAGAAAAGAACAAUUACCAAUCAAAUUAAUAACAUUGAUAGCUGGUCAAUUAAAUCAUUGUCUUGGUACCAUUGCCAAGGAAUAUGGUAAAAAAGUAAGAGGUGAAAUGUUCCACUUUGACUCUGUGACAAUCAUCUUGGACAAUGAUAGUUGUAAUCAAGUAUCACUUGAACAGAUAUUACAAUGUUCCAACUCUGAAUAUCUUGGAGAGAGUGAUCUUAAACUCUGUCAAAAUAAUAUAUUGGUGGAAAGAAUAGUUGUAACUCCUCAAUUAUUAAAGUUGGAUCCAAAGUUUAUAGUUUCAGAUUCAAAGGAUAUGAAAGUUAAUUUCCAAGUUGACAACAAGUAUCAUUUCAAGCAAAAGAAUGAAAUAUUAUUGGAUGACGAGGUAGAAUUCCAAGUCAAAGCAGCAUCUAUCAAUUUUAAAGAUUUAAUGAUUUUAGAAGGUAAAGUUGAUCAAAAAAUAAUUCCACUUGGUAAUAAUCCACCAAUCGGUCAAGAUUCAUCAGGUAUUGUGACGAGAAUAGGAUCAAAAGUUACAAAAUUCAAAGUUGGCGAUGAGGUUUAUGGUAUUUCUGCUGGUUUUGCUUCGUCGACAGUAACCUUUGAAGAUAUGAUUGUUUUAAAACCAAAAGAAUUAUCAUUUGUUGAAGCAGCAUCAUUGCCACUAUCAAUGGGAACCGCCUACACUGUAUUAUUCAAAAAGGCAAAUAUUGAAUACUCAGAAUCUAUUCUCAUUCACAGUGCAACAGGUGGUGUUGGAUUGGGAAUGUUAAACCUUUUAAAAUUCAAAAAACAUACUGGAAAUAUAUUUGUAACUGUUGGAUCAGAAGAAAAGAAAUCAUACCUUGAAAAACAUUAUGGUGGUUCAUUUAUCACUGCUAUUUUAGAAUAUGAUAACUUUACUGAAACUAUCAUGGAACUUACCAAAGGCAAAGGAGUCAAUUAUGUCAUCAACACAUUAGACUAUACAAGAAUGCAAGAUAAUUUCAAAUGCCUCUCAAAGAAUGGUGUGGUUAUUGACUUGUCAGUCGAUCAAUUCUCCCAAACUCGAGAUAUCGAUAUGGGAUCACUCAACUAUGACAAAGGUUACCUAACAUAUCAGUAUUCACAAAACCAAAUCAGUAUCCCCAACAAGAUUAAAAAAAUGGUAGGAGAAGGAUUAGAGCUACCUCCAAUUACAGUGUUCCCAAGUCAUCAAAUCCUUCAAGCAUUUGACCAUUUCCGAUCAAGAAAACACAUUGGAAAGGUGGUUAUCGAUUAUGAAAAUGUUCAAACAGAUGUCAUUGAUCCAAUGAUAUUACAACCACAUAAACCAGUCGAAAGAAGUCAUUACAAUUUGGAAGGUAUUGGAGAAACACUUUUAAUAUCUGGUCAGACUGGUAUUGCAGUAGAAUCACUUGGUUACAUCAUGAGACAUUCAAACCAACUAAGAGAUAUUAUUGUUAUCACUUAUUCAUCUGCCAAAUUUGAAAUUCAAUUAUUGGUCAAUGAAAUUAGAAAGAAUUACAGUCAUAUUACACUACACUUUGUUCAAUGUGAUAUUGGAGAUUAUGAUCAACUCAAAUCAUCGAUAUUGGAUCUUUACCAAAGAAUACCAACCAUCAAACCAGUGUCAUCUGUUAUUCACUUUGCAAAUGCAUACUUGGCAAUUGCAGCUGAUGACAUUGAUAUGGAGAGACAUCAUACAGCAAUGUCAGGUAAAGCAACAGGUGCAUUUAAUCUUCACAAUCUAUUUGAAGAAUUGGAUUGGAAACUGAACCACUUCCAUAUGUUAUCGUCUUUUGCUCAGUAUGUGACAGUGGAUGGUUUAGGCUAUUCAAUUGGAAAUGCAUUCCUCGACAGUUUGGCAAGACACAGAAGAGAUCGUGGAUUGGAAGCGACAUCAAUUGCAUGGGGUAGCAUUGGACAGGCUGGAAAAGCAGCUGUUGAAAAGGGUAUUGGAAUGGUAUUACUUUCCUAUGGUAUGACCAUGAUGCCAUUGUCUGUAGUCAAUGGUUUCUUUAGAAGUGCAUUUGCCAAAACAACCACACCAAUCACCAAUCUAAUGUGUGCAGACCUUCAAAUCAAUCUUGUUGUCUCUGAACUACCAUACCUCGAACACCUCUAUUCCCAUUUCUUGAAUAUCUCAAAUAACAAUAGUAGUUUAUUAGAUGCAAGUGCAGGAUCAAUAGACAACAAGAUAUUGGACUUUAUUUCAGAGACAUUGUCAAUCGAGAAACAUUUAUUAAAUGGUGACACCAAACUCAAAGAUUAUGGUGUCGAUUCAAUGACUGCCAUUCAAAUCAAAGGUCAAAUUGAUGUUGAAUUCAACAAACCACAUAUCAACCAAUCACAAAUUUCAAAUGGCACCAUCAACAAUCUAAUUGAAAAUAUUGAUCGACUUCCAAAAAGGAAGAAAAAGGUUAGUGAAUGGGUCGGCAAAUUCGCGUUGGAUGGUGUCGAGUGGGUAAAAAGGGAGGAAAAAUGGAUUGGAUGA